UCUUCAGAGAGGAGUUUGGUUUGUAUCAGAGGAAAGUUUACAGCUUUGUUCAUCUGAGCAUUCAGGAACAUCUAGCAGCUCUUUAUGUGCAUCUCAACUUUAUAAACAAUCACACACAGCUGUUCUCUGACAACCUUUUGCAGUUUAAUUUGUCUGAUGUGCAUCAGAAGGCUGUAGAUGGGGCUUUAGACAGUAAAAAUGGACAUCUGGAUCUUUUUCUUCGUUUUCUUCUGGGUUUGUCAGUGGAGUCGAAUCAGAAUCUCAUACGAGGUCUGAUGACACAGACAGAUCACAGCUCUCAUAACAAUUAGAAAACAAUCAAAUACAUCAAACUGAAGAUCAGUGAUAAUCUUUCACCAGAGAAAUCCAUCAAUCUGUUUCAUUGUCUGAAUGAACUGUGUGAUCAUUCACUAGUGAAUGAAAUUCAGCAUCAUAUAAAAUUCAGAACAUUAAAUGGAGUCAAACUCUCUUCAUCUCAGACAGUGGUCAGCUGUAGUUUUUGUGUUGUUGACAUCAGAACAGAAGCUGGAUGAGUUUAAUCUGACUGAGUUUGUUGAGGUAGAAGAUGAAGCUCAAACACUGAAAGUUCUUCAGAAGCUGUUGCCUGUGAUUUGUGAAUCCAGAUCAGUUCAGUUGUGUGAUUGUAAAAUCACAUAUGAAGGUUGUGUUGCUCUGACUUCAGGUCUGAGAUCAAACCCAUCACACCUGACACAUCUGGAUCUGUCUCAUAAUUAUCUAGGAGAUUUAGGAAUGAAGCUGAUCUCUGAUGUACUGAAGAAUCCUGAAUGUAAACUGGAGAAACUGGAGUUAUGGAGUUGUGGUGUCAUGGAUGAAGGUUGUGUUGCUCUGUCUUCAGCUCUGACAUCAAACCCAUCACAUCUGAGACAUCUGGAUCUGUCUUAUAAUAUUAAUCUUGGAGAUUCAGGAGUGAAGCUGAUCUCUGAUGUACUGAAGAAUCCUGACUGCAAACUGGAGAAAAUAAGGUUGUGGGGUUUUAACUUCAUAGCUGAAGGUCGUGUGGCCCUGAAUUCAAACCCCUUACAUGUGACAAAACUGGAUCUGUAUAAUAACAGUGUAGGAGAUUCAGAAGUAAAGCUGCUCUCUGAUGUACUGAAGAAUCCUGAGUGUAAACUACAGAAACUGGAAUUGUGGAGGUGUAAUAUCACAUAUAAAGGUUGUGUUGCUCUGACUUCAGCUCUGACAUCAAACUUAUCACACCUGACACAUCUGGAUUUGUCUGGGAAUAAGUUUAGAGAUUUAGGAAUGAAGCUGAUUUCUGAUUUACUGAAGAAUCCUGACUGUAAACUGGAGAUACUGAGGUUGAGGAGUUGUAAUAUCACAGCUGAAGGUUGUGUUGCUCUGACUUCAGCUCUGACAUCAAACCCAUCACAUCUGAGAGAUCUGAAUCUGUCUGGGAAUAAAUUUGGAGAUUCAGGAGUGAAGCUGGUCUCUGAUGUACUGAAGGAUCCUGGCUGCAAACUGGAGAAACUGAAGUUGAGGUCUUGUAAUAUCACAGAUGAAGGUUGUGUUGCUCUGACUUCAGCUCUGACAUCAAACCCAUCACACCUGACACAUCUGGAUAUGUCUUAUAAUAAACUCACAAAUUCAGGAGUGAAGCUGAUCUCUGAUCUAAAAGAUGAUCCACAUUAUAAACUAGAGAUUGUGUGGACUUACAGAUGACAGUAAAGAUGUAAAUGAUUUCUGUCUGAUCUUCAGUAUCAUCGGAUGGUGAAUAAGAAGACACAAUAAGUGACAUCACAGACACAAAAUCAACACAGACUGCAAACACAUUAACACUUCACUCUUAUAAAACUGUUUAAAACAACCAGUCAAACAUUCAGUUUAACAAUCAUAUGAAAGAUGUAUUAAAAUCAAUAAUCCUUGUGUACUGUACUUAUUGUCAAAACAAAAUGUUGAAUGCUGCUUCAUUUGUAGCUUUGAAUGAAAGUGUCUGCUAAAUUAAAUAAAUGUAAAUGUAUAUCUGGCUGAAGUGACAAUAAGCUUCUUUUACAAAACUCAAUUAUUUUUCUUUCUUUACUUAGGACACAUCUAAAUAUUUUAAAAACAAAAUAAAACAAUCUUAUUCAUAACACUUGCAUUAAAUCCCCAUUAUUUCCUAUUCAAAAACACGAACACACAUGCUCGCACACAGGUGUCUCAUUUUCUCUGAGCUUUAUUAUACAGAGUCA